UCUCUCUCUGUUCUUUCUAAAACCCUAACCCUAAUCGAGGAUCGCCGGCGGCGGCAAGAGAUCUCGAGAUGAGCCGUGGAGGCAGCGGAGCUACAGCGGCGAAAGCCGGGAAGAAGAAGGGAUCGACGUUCGUGAUCGAUUGUACAAAGCCGGUGGAUGACAAGAUCAUGGACAUUGCCUCUCUUGAGAAGUUCCUCCAGGAACGCAUCAAGGUUGCUGGUGGGAAGCCUGGCGCAUUUGGUGAUGCUAUCACUGUUUCUCGUGAGAAGACCAAGAUCACCGUCACCUCUGAUGGCCCGUUCUCGAAAAGGUACUUGAAAUAUCUGACGAAGAAAUACUUGAAGAAACACAAUGUCAGGGAUUGGUUGCGAGUGAUUUCAUCCAAUAAAGACCGCAAUGUCUAUGAGUUGAGAUACUUCAACAUCGCCGAGAAUGAGGCCGAAGAGGAGUAAUUUUACGCAAUAUUUGCUUUGUAGUCAACAAUUUUGUGUCCUCACUUGAUCAUGCAUGUGUUACACGCCACAUUUUGUUGGUUCUAUGGAUUUAAUUUGAAUAUCUUCUCAUCCAUGAGAAGCAUAAUCAGUUGUUUUUUCCCUUAAAAGUAUUUUGUGCUUGUGUGCAUUUCUCAUGGACAGAACUGCUUCUCUUACUCUUUCAGACAGACUUUGUCAUGUUUGCAGAUAAACUCUCAUCCUGAGAGUAAGAGUAUUUUUUUUUAAUGACAAUUAUUUGUUUUAGUUC